AUGGGCUCGGCGCUCGAGGCAAACUCCAGUGCAGUGCGCAAACGCAUCGAGAAUCAUCAAUUCGAGGAUGAGGAAGGCGAAGAAUACGGCGCUUCCGCCUUUGGCGGGUUCAGCGAUUACAUGCGCCGAAAGAAGAUCAAAUUGCAGAACUUAGACGCCGAGAUCCGCUCCUCGGCCACUGAUUGUCCUCCCAUCUUUCGAGGAGUAGUCGCUCAUGUCAACGGCUAUACUCAACCCUCUUUGCAAGAUCUACACCGCCUUAUUGUAAGCCAUGGAGGGGGGUUCCUUCAGUAUCUUGAUGGCAAGACAGCCGCCACCCAUAUUAUUGCCAGCUCGCUCACGCCCAAGAAACGAGAGGAGUUCCGCAGAUAUCGCAUUGUCAAGCCCGCAUGGGUAGUGGAAAGCGUGAAAGCAGGGCGCAUGCUUCCUUGGGACGCGUUUAGGGUUGUAGACGAAGGACAGUCGCAGAAAGUUCUCAGAUUUGACGGCGGGCAUUUCACUAGUCAAACCCACAGUCCACAAUCAGGCUACAAGGACCAGACCAGCUCGAGCUGGUACACCGAACAGCUCAAAGCAUCUUCAACUGCAAAUAUACCAGAACUGAAGCAGCCUUCGCCUAGUUCUCCCACGCCCGCCCACGGACCCAAUCAAUCCUUCAAAGAAUCGCAGUCGGAUUACGGUGACUUCCCCAGUUUUGCCUCCCUUGACGAGCCCAACGAAAAUACAGCGCCUCGUCAAGCUCAUGACGAUGCGAACAGGGUAUAUGACCUAGAAACUGAUGUAAUCACACGAACCUCUCCAGCGACUCGUUCGCCACUUCCCCCUACUCUUGCUCAGAGCGCCAUCUCCCCUUCGCGUGUUCCAAAACCGGACAUGAGCUCCGAAGAGUAUAAUGCCCAGCUUCUGUCAGAUCCGCGCAUGAAAAGCUCAAGUGUUGUGAAUCCUGAAUUCCUUCAACAGUAUUACAAGGAAUCGCGUUUACACCAUUUGUCUACAUGGAAAGCCGAAUUGAAAGCCCAACUCCAGUCCGCAGCGAAGGAGAAAUCACAGGCUCAAACCGGACGACGGAGACCUACACCUGGGGCAAGGAAGUACGUCAUGCACGUUGAUUUCGACUGCUUCUUUGCCGCAGUCUCCACGCUUAAACAUCCCGAGUUGGAAGAGAGACCGGUUGCCGUUGCGCAUGGGAGCGGCUCUGGCUCAGAGAUUGCAAGUUGCAAUUAUGCCGCCCGGGCACACGGGGUCAAGAACGGCAUGUGGAUGAAGGGAGCCUUGCAAGCGUGUCCUGACCUCAAAGUUGUGCCAUAUGAUUUUCCCGCAUAUGAAGAAGCGAGUCGAAAGUUUUAUAGUGCCAUUCUCGCGAUCGAGGGCAUAGUUCAAAGUGUCAGUAUAGACGAGGCUCUGGUCGAUAUUACCUCGCAAUGUCUGGAGGCCGGUGGGACCGAUGGGAAAGGUGUGUCCGAGGGCUCCAUUUACCGCGAACAAGCCAAAGCCGAUGAGAUCGGUCAAGCUUUAAGGAUUGCGAUCAAAGACCAAACGGGUUGCUCGGUUUCGGUCGGAAUUGGCGGCAAUAUUUUGCAGGCAAAAGUGGCUCUACGCAAGGCCAAGCCGGCUGGACAAUUCCAGCUCAAACCCGACGCCGUGCUUGACUUCAUCGGAAAUCUUACCGUCCAGAAUCUUCCUGGUGUUGGAUAUAGCUUGGGGACCAAGCUGGAGGAGAUCGGUGUUAAAUUCGUCAAGGACAUCAACGAUCUCUCGCGCGAAAAGCUCACUUCUACUCUGGGUCCCAAGACGGGAAUCAAGAUGUGGGAGUAUGCUCGGGGAAUCGACCGAACAGAAGUUGGGAAUGAUGUGAUGAGGAAGUCAGUGUCUGCAGAAGUCAAUUGGGGAAUCCGAUUCGUCAAUCAGACCCAAGCGGAGGAUUUUGUCACGUCAUUGUGUGGGGAGCUACAUCGAAGGCUCGUUGAGAAUUUGGUGAAAGGCAAACAGUUGACUCUGAAAGUUAUGCGACGAUCAGCCGACGCCCCACUGGAGCCGGUCAAGCAUCUGGGCCAUGGAAAGUGUGAUGUUUUCAACAAGAGUAUUGCGCUUGGAAUAGCGACGAACGAAUCAGGGGUUCUUGCUAAAGAAGCCAAUUCGAUGCUCCGAGGUUUUGGGAUCUCGCCGGGCGACUUACGCGGCUUGGGAGUUCAAAUGACCAAACUGGAGCCACUUGCAUCAAGCACAACUGGACGGCUAGAGAGCAGUCAGAAGCGACUCACCUUCAAGGCUUCGCCCGUUCGCAAACCAAUGGAGCAAAGCGUUGAUCCUGACAACUUGGAUAGCCCCCGCAAAGGAGAAUCAGAAUUUGUUUCCCAUGGCCCUUCUUUGAAUGACAGCGCCCAUAAGCCUCUUAAUAUCCUGGGGAGUCAAUUCAUCAUGCCAUCUCAACCUGACCCUAAGAUACUGGCGGAGCUACCGAGUGAUAUAAGGUCUAAACUUGUUGCGCAAGGCAAGCGUCGACGCGAUUCUCGGUCUGUCUCCCCAUCUCCGAUGAGUCGUCGGGCACCUCGACCUCAAUCAGCAGCAGCGGAGCUUCCUCCCCAGUCCCAACUUGACCCGGAUACAUUAGCUGCGCUUCCAGAAGACGUUCGAGCUGAGGUGUUAGGCUACUAUAACCCACCAUCGGCGAACGAUGUUGAAUCUGCGCCCGCUCCCGUGGAGCCUUCUCGUCCGUCAUCAUCCGGGUCAUUGAAGUUUAAGAAACCGACGACACCGACCAAGAAGCGACGCGGUCGUCCGAGCCUCAAGCCCUCCGACAAUCUCCUGCAGUCCAAAUUCCUUUUUCCUAAAGCCGCAGCGCCUACUCGCACCGAUGCAUCAAGCCUCCCUCGACAAUCAUCCCCCUCGGACGGCGCAGAUGAAUUAUCGGCGGAGUUUCUCGCAGCGCUGCCUGAUGACAUCCGUCGCGAAGUACUUGAGGAGCACCGACGAGCUCGCAUGCUCCAACGCUCUAGCGCCAGUUCUGCGGCAGCUCCCAGAGCGACCGCUCCAACUAGAACCUCCACAGCUCCUGUCCCUCAAGCGCAAGAACCACGACUUCAGCUCCCGCCUCUCCCCGAGCGACCUACCUUCACCUCGCUCAGGCUCUCCAGUUUAUCAGAUCUGCGUGACACCGUGGGGUCCUGGCACGCUGCCUUCAGCGAAGACGGACCCUUCGACGAAGACGUAACGUCUCUCUGCGGCUACUUGAAGCGCGUUGUCGUUGACGAGAAGGACGUCGACAAGGCGGUCUCCGUCGUCAGCUGGCUCAUGUGGCUUGUCGAGGACGUGAAAGCAAAAACACCCCGACCAUCUGGCAGAUUGCCAACUACUUCAGGCUCAAGUCGAAGGUCCCAGCCCGUGGUUCCGUGGGACGAAGCCGUGCGGUCUCUCCAGCAGAGUAUCCAGGACGGAUUAGAGGAGCGGGAUCUGCCUCCGGUUGAGUUUUCUUGA